GCGAUAGAAGCCCUUUGAACUUACAGCGCGGACCGGUGGCGACGACAACCGGGACGCGGCCACGGACUCGACGAUCGACGGACGACGACAAGAUGGAAGGGAAGCAAUUGCAGAGCGCAAUACUCAAGUACCGCAACCUCAAUGACAGGAAGUCGGCGCCGGCAGCCGCGGACGGCGGGCAGGCCGCAGCAGCAUCGGCGGCCAAGAAGCGCCGACCGUUCACGUACACAGACCACUCGGACACGAUUGCGCAGCUGCUGUCGGGCAGCACGGCCGCAAGCGCCAGCAACAACAAACUCAACAGCGUGUACCCGACCUCGACGCUCUUGCGGUCGACGGCCGCAGCCGCGAGCUACAACGCGUCCACGAUGGCGUCGACCGACGGCUUCCAGUACGAAGAGGCGUUCCAGCGUGGCAUGAAGCUCGUCGAGAAGAAGGACUACAAGCGCGCGCUCUCGGAAUUUACCGAGGCCAUCAACGUCGCGCCGACCAAGCUCAAGGCGUACGUGCAGCGCGCCAUGUGCUACAUGAAGGCGCAGCGCUACGAACCCGCGAUCGACGACUACUCGACGCUCAUCGCGCACACGCCGGGCGACAGCGACAUGUUCUCGAAGCGCGCGUUUGCAUACGAGUGCCACAACAAGCUCCAGGCUGCGAUCGACGACUACACCAAGGCCAUCGAGAUCUCGGGCGUGCCGGCCAAGAUCAAGGACGCCAAGCUCGCACGCGGCAAGGCGUAUGCAAAGCUCGGGCACCUCACGCACGCGCUCGAGGACUUUGGCGGUGUCAUCGAGAUGGACCCGCGCAGCGACGACGGGUACCGCCAGCGCGGCCUUGUCUACAGUCGUCUCGGCAAGUUUGACUUGGCCUUGGCCGACUACGACCGCGUCGUUGAGCUCGAGGCGCGCCAGCUCACGCAUGUGAAGCUCGAGUCGCUGCUCCAGCGCGCUGAGACGCUCAUGCAGCUCGUCGAGAACGAGGAGAAUGGCUUUCUUUUGCAUCAGAUGGAGGACUCGGCGCUCCUCUCGGCCGAGAACGGCCACGACCGCGCUGUGCGCCAUACGUCGCGCACGAUCAGCCUCGGUAUGGACGAAGCCUACUUGACGCCGUGCGAGUCGGACGACGCGCGGGCGUUUGCGCUCAAGGCCAUUGACGACUUUACUGCCGCCCUCGACCAAGAGCCCGAGAGCGUGCCUGUGCUCGCUGCGCGCGGCGAGGCCUACAUCCGCGCCGGUGCGCUCACAAAAGCGCUUGCCGACUUUGACGCGGCGCUGUUGAUCGACGCCAAGGACCAUCGGCUGCUGCUCUCCCGCGCCGUCGUGCUGCAGCACCAAGACGACGCGGCCCGACCCGGCCAGAUCUCGAAACUCGCGCUCCAUCUCUUGGCGCAGGUCAUUGCGUCGGCGCCGCCACUGAUGGCGGCGCAAGGCCUCUUUCGCCGAGCCCGACUGUACCUCGAGCACGACCAGCCCAAGAAGGCGGCCGACGACCUCGGCAAGAUCGUCGAGCUGUUUCCCAAAGUGCUGAAUGACGAACGCGACUCGGGCGCCGACUACCUCCCGGACGAGCAAGUCAAGCCGCACUGCUUGGUGGGCGGUGCGGCGACCAAAGAUGCCAAGUCGCCCGUGCGCAUUGCGCUGCAAGCUCUCUUGAGCCGCGCCCGCGUGCACAUGCAGCUCCACAUGUAUGCGUGCGCCGCCAAGGACUACAAGGCGAUCCUCGCUGUCUCGCCGGGUCAUCUGGAUGCGCAGGUCGAAGAGCAGCAAGCGCGCGACCUGGACGAGAAGCACAAGGUCGAAGAGUCCAACCGCGCGGUCAAGUGGCUCUUGGAGCACGGUGACGCCGCCAGCGAAGUGACCAAGAAGGCUGCGAAGAAGAAGAAGAAGAAGGCAGCCAAAGCCCCGAGUACCGAGUCGCCGAGCAAACCGACCAAGCCGUCGUCGACAACGGUCCGGCCGCCCGCGAUCCUUGUCAAGGACGCGGUGACCACGGACGACGACGACGACGAGAGCGGCGACAAUGCCCGUCCACCCUCGUCGGACGACGAUACCAAGCCCGAGGCGAGUAUACCACCGCCGGUGCUGCAAAAGAUCUCGCCCACCGGUAGUCUCGGCCAUCGAAGUAGCACGCCAUCGAGCCGCAUGGUCAUGUACACGCGCGACGAAGCCUGCGAGAGCCUCUACGAGAUGGAGGCGCCGGUGGAGCGCGUUGUGCCACCCCGACCGACCUUUCACUUUUCACUCACGGACGACUUGCCGAAAGAUGACGAGACGACGCAAGCCAAGAGCUCGGACGACGAGACGACAACAAGGAGUGCUCCAGCCAAGGACAAGAGCGGCGACAGCACGCCCGCGGCGUCGCCCGUCGUCCUCGUCGACGACAAGUACCUCAAGAAGCGGCGAAAACAGCUCGAGAAGCUCCGCGCCGACCUGCUCGACGUCUGCGAACGAAGAGAGCGCGACUUGAUUGUCGAUGCGCUGGACCGCGCGACGCGCAAGCAAAUGCUCGACCAGCUCCAGGACGAGUGCCAGCGGGCGCGCGACGUCCUCGAAGAGCUUCAGCUCGCAGUCGACGCGACACCCGCGCCGUCGCCGCAGCGCACGACGCCCACCACGUCGUCGGACGCAAGUCCGGUGCGAUUACCGUCCUCGAGUCCGCCCCGCGACCGGUCGCCCAGCAAGCCACAUGCCAAUGGCGUCCCGCCACCGAUCAAAACGACCGCGUCACCGCCCCGCCCGAUCGCGUCGUCGUCGCCCGCGCGGCCGCCACGGCAAGCCGAGUCGCCGGACGAGAUGGCGCGCCUCCGAUACCAAAUCGACAUGCUCCAGCGUGCGCUGAGUGAGAAGCAGCACGAGGUCGACCAGCUCAAGCGGCACACGGCGCUUCUCCCGCCUGUCUCGUCGCCACUGCCACUCUCAUCGCUCUCCCCCAAGCUGCAUGGCAUGGAGCGGUGCAUGCGGCCGUUGGCACCCGCCGCAUUUGCGUGCCCCGCGAUGCGCCAAGCCGACCAUAUGGUCGAGCUCUUUGGCCCGACCGUCGACUCGGAGCGCGUGCGCACCAAGCUCAUGCGUGCGCUCGCAGCUGUCCUCGAGCCCGUGGCGUCUGUCGCCACGUUUUACCCGUCGGGGUCGUACCCGCUCAAGACGUACCUUCCAGACUCGGACAUUGACGUGUGUCUCGUGCUAGCGGACGAGGCAGCGAGUAUGACGUGGCACGCGGACGUGACGCAAGCGCUUCUGGCGGCCGCCACGUCGGACCAAAAGGUCGAGUGUACUGUCCGCAACGUGACGUUUGUGAACGCUGAAGUCCGCGUCGUCAAGUGCACGAUCGACAACGUCUCGAUCGAUGUGACGGCCAACCGGUUUGGCGCCCUCGGUGCGGUCUCGCUCCUCCACGAGAUGGACGUGCGCGUCGGCCAGCAUCAUCUCUUCAAGCGCAGUCUGAUCCUGAUCAAGACGUGGUGCAUGUACGACAGCUCGCGCUUCAUUGCGCUCAGUGCGUCGGCGUCGGGUCGGAGCAACAUCCUCGGCGCGGUCGCCGGCGCGCUCUCGACGUUUGCGCUCAACACGAUGGUGCUCUGCCUCUUCAACCUCUUUGGGAAGCGCAUCUGCCACCCGCUGCAAGCGCUCAUUGAGUUUUUUCAUUUUUACGCUGACUUUGACUGGACGUACCAUGCCGUGAGCAUGCUCGGGCCCGUCCCGAUCGCGUCGCUCAACGCCGGGUGGCGCCCGAGCGUCCGGUCGUCCGACGUGGUCAUGGACGAGGUUGCUGUCGACGCGUUCAAGGCCAGCAUCGAGACGGUCCAUGGCGGCGUCCGGCCGUCGCUGCCAUUCCAAGUGCGCGCGUGCAACGUGGUCGACCCGCUCAACGAGUGCAACAACGUGGCGCGGAGUGUGACUGCCGACAAGCUCGCAGAGAUGAAGCACGCGCUGCAGCACGGCCGGCAGACGCUCGUGCAAAUCUUUUACGAUGCAUGGCACUUGGCGUCGAGCGCCAAGAAGGACGAGGUGCACGCCGAAGACAUCAUUGCGGCGCUCGACCCGCGCUCGCUCGACAGCUUCUUUCUCAACGGGUGGCAGACGUACGGCAGCGGGUACCGCCCGGAUCUGCUCGUGCACCCGCGCCAAGUGUGGCACCCGCCAGCGAUGAGCCCGUUUGGCGACGGCAACGUCGCCAUCGAUGUGCUUGCGUCGCAAGUGGCUAAUUUGCGUCAGUUAGCAUAACAUUAUAAGACACGGGACUCUCGUGUUUCGUGCAUUCCUGUGCAUGCACAGUCGGCGAGGAUCGCCUUGCUGGGGGCAUUCUUCUAGACAUACUAGAACGGGCAUUUGCGAAGCUGAGACUU